AUGGAACAAUUUUCCAUGUGGAUAAUCUUCUUGUCAUUUCUUCUCCACUUGAACACUAGUAACUGUGUGGAGGACGAGGUCAGCAGCACACUGAUAAACUUUCUUGCAAAACUCUCUAACAACGAUGGCAGCCAGAACUCUAAUUUGGUUUGGAAGCCAGGCUCUCAUCCCUGCAAGGACUUGUGGCAGGGUGUGGUAUGUAAUGAAAAAAAUGCAUCAGUACAGAAGCUAUUUCUUAACAGGUCCAAUUUAGCUGGAACUCUUGAUGUUGCCAUGCUCUGCAACUCGCGGCCAAUCGUCAUGUCUCUUACAUCUCUUAACCUCGACGGCAACAAAGUAAGUGGAGGAAUAGCAAAUGAGGUUGGAAACUGCAAGCAUCUCACUCACUUGAAUGUAAGUGGUAAUCAACUUCAUGGGAUCCUUCCUAGUUCACUUGCCAUGUUGAGUUACUUAAAAGAGCUUGACAUUUCCAACAAUAAGUUCUCCGGGAACUUGCCAAACCUGUCCAGAAUCUCUGGUUUGAAUACCUUUUUGGCACAAAAUAAUCAGCUCACUGGGGAGAUACCUCCUUUUAACUUUUCCAAAUUUGACUACUUCAAUGUAUCCUUCAACGAUUUAAGUGGCCGCGUUCCAUAUUUGCAAAGCCAUUUCACUGAGGAUAGUUUCUUGGGAAAUCCUGAGCUUUGUGGAAAUCCUUUGCCAAAUAACUGUUCAUCUCUCCCUACAUCUGAUGCUAAACUGUCUGAUUCAGAAGAAUCGAAGGGUCCCUCAAAAAGCCAGAUUCUCAUGUAUUCAGGCUAUGCUGCAAUGUGUUUGGUCUUUAUCCUUUUUGUAGUUCUUGCGCUGUGUAAAAGAAACAAGACAGGAAACAAGGUUGAAGCAGAAAAGGAGGCAAUUGAUGAUAGUACUAUUGACAAGCCCAGCCAUGUUUCAAAUGAAUACAAAUUAGGCGUGAGCAGAUCAGAGUUUUCAGUCACUUCCGAAAGUGCAAUGGCUUCACGAUCAUUUGCAGUUCUUUCAAAGUCAUAUGAAAAUGAUAUUACAUUGGAGGGUUUGAUGAGGUCUCCUGCUGAGCUGAUUGGCCGAGGAAAGUUUGGUAGUCUUUAUAAAGUACUGCUUGACAAUGGGAUGAUGGUGGUUGUUAAGAGGAUUAAAGACUUGACUAUAUCAAGCCAUGACUUCAAACAAAGGAUGCAUUUGCUGAACCAAGUGAAGCACCAUUCUUUACUCUUACCUCUUGCUUUCUAUUGUUCCCAACAAGAGAAACUUUUGCUCUAUGAAUAUCAAGAGAACGGAAGUUUAUUCAAGAUUCUACAUGGUUCCUCAAAAGACUUCGAUUGGACUAGUAGACUUGGGAUUGCAGCAGCAAUUGCGGAGUCAUUAGCUUUCAUGCAUCAAGAGCUUGAACAACAUGGGAUUGCACAUGGCAACUUAAAAUCCUCUAACAUUUUGCUAAACAAGAAUAUGGAACCCUGCAUAAGCGAGUAUGGGGUUAUGGUUAUGGAUGAUCAAGAAAUUAAAAUUCAACAGAGUUCCUCUUUUGCAAGUUCAUUUGCAGCUGGCGCGUCAGAUGCUUUCAAGGGAGAUGUUUAUGGCUUUGGAGUGAUUCUUCUGGAACUACUCACUGGGAAGUUAGUGAAGAGCAAUGGGAUGGAUUUAACUGAGUGGGUUGAGUCUGUUGUAAGGGAAGAAUGGACGGGUGAAGUAUUUGACAGGACCCUGAUAUCAGAGUAUGUGAGUGAAGAGAGGAUGGUGAGCUUGCUCCAGGUGGCUAUAAGAUGUAUCAAUCAGUCCCCAGAGGCCAGGCCAAGCAUGAAUCAAGUUGCUCUCAUGAUCAACGUCAUAAAAGAGGAAGAAGAGAAAUCCUUGAUUUAUGAAGCAUUGUGAGGCUAGUGCUUAAUUAUGCUUAUCCAAGUGUAUGGAUCAAGAAGAGAAUCUUUCAAACAGAGCAUAUAGAAAAAUUGAAUAUCCAUUAUCCGGUUUGUAAUACAUUCAGACAUUGAUUGUACAUUUGGCACUUGAUUUUCUCCUACUUGUAUUUUCUGUUCACUUUAGUAAAAUGAGCAUUGCUGGU